AUGGUUUUUCUAACAACUAAAAUGAUGCAAAGGACGGCGCUCUUUGUGACGUUUGGAGGUUUGGUCACCUGUCUGAUCACCACUUUUCUUCCUCUGUGGAAGACGAUGAACUCUGACUUGAACGAGGUGGAGAACUGGUUCUCAGGACUAUGGCAAAUGUGUCUCUAUACAGAGGAGGUGGGGAUUCAGUGUAAGGCCUAUGAGACCCUCAUGGGACUGCCUAUGGACCUGCAGAUCUCCAGGGUGCUCAUGUUAGUGUCUGUUGGCACUGGUGGCUUGGCUCUGCUGGCUGCUUUUCCAGGACUGGACGGGGUGGAGAUGUGUGCAGGGCAGCCAGGCCUGAAGAGACGGCUCCUGGUUCUGAGUGGAGUUCUGUCCUGGGUGUCAGGACUCACCACUCUGGCUCCGGUCUCUAUUGUGGCGUACACAACAGUGGUGGAGUUCUGGGAUCAGGGGUUUCCUGAUGUGAUGCCUCGCUGGGAGUACGGAGAAGCUAUGUUCUCUGGAUGGUUUGGAGGUUUAGCUCUGGUCAUUGGGGGGACUCUGUUCUUUGUAGCUGUGUGUAUGGGGGACUCUGACCAGAGACCACCAAGUGUACCAAACAGCCCGCAGGUGAAGCACAGGACCAAGAACUACCUGAAGACUGAGGUGUUAUAG